UCACAAACAAAUACUGAAAUUGAAGACUGUGUAGAGGAAUUGAAAGAGCCUGGUAUAGAACAGGCGUUUAAUAGGGCUCGGCGCAAGAUAGCAAGAUGAUUCAAAAGGGUGACGAUCUCAUAAAUGGUGUUAAUCAUAAUUAUCAAUAUCCCAUUGUAAAUAACAACAUGCAAAUGGGAAAUACAGCUGAAUUUACUGGCAACAAUGGAAAUUUAAUUCAGGCAAUGAGUUUUGAAGAUUAUGUACCUCUAGAGAGCACGUUGCCAUCAGUAGAAACGGUUCUACCUCAAUAUAUACCUACACCACCACCAUCUCUGCCUUCUCCUUCUGUUAACAUUACUACCGUGAAUACAACUGUUCCACAAUUUGAGUUUCAACUUCAACAUCAAACACAACUACAACAUAAUCAAAACAUAAACAACCACCACCACUACUACGAACAGCAACAACAACAGCUGCAGCAUCAGCAGGUUCAUUCAUCAUCAUCUUCACCCUUUUUUCAAUUCAACCAUAAUAUCAAUUAUGAUGACCAUGAGCCUAAAGGAGAAAACAAACCAACAAUUGAUACCUCACCAAAUACUUCAAUUAACCAUUCGAUACAGAGUCAGGAAACCAUACUUAAUGUAUCCGAUAAUUCCACAGUUGAUGCUGAUGAAGCAGAUAAUUUACAAGAUGAACAGUUUACUUAUUUACAAAACUUAAAUUCUGAUAAUUUAAUGAAGUUUAGUCAGCAAUCUGUGCUGCAGCAGUUAAUACAAGAGCAAAUUGACAUUAAACCGAAUCUUAAUUUAAUACCAACUUGUGAAGAACAUGAUAAUGGCGGCUAUAAUUUUGGCAUACAAAUCAAUAAAUGUGCCCAUCGUCCGGGACUGGUUUACUCCAAAGAAACUGAAAGACUUUAUUUAAAAACCAAUGAAAAUGUUUACAUUGAUUGUUUCUAUACGCAAAAAAUGCCCAUACAACCGCUUAAAGUAAGAGUUUUUGCUGUAUUCGAAAAGGAUGCCAGUGCACCAGUGUUGCGCUGUCAAAAUCAUUUAAGCACAGACAACGAUAAAAAUGAAACAGUGCGUAAAAGUUUAGUACGUUGCAAAAAUCCUGAUGCUGUUUACUAUGGCUCCGACACGGGCAAAAGUAUUAAUGAUCGUUAUUCGGUGGUUGUACCUUUAAAUAGCACGGUCAAGGGCAGUGAAGCCAAUCAAUUUAAACAACAAUUGAUAGUCAGCUUUACUUGUUUUAAUUCCUGCAUGAAUCGUAAACAAACAGCGGUGAUAUUUCUAUUGGAGGGCAUGAAUGGUGAAAUUUUAGCUCAACGUACAUUAUCAGUUAAAAUAUCUACUUGUCCCAAACGUGACAGACGUUUACUUGAAGGUCCGGAUGUUAAUUCUAAACGUAAACAUAUUGAAGAACCAAAUUUUAGCACAAAUGAAGCAAAAAUGCCAAAAUAUGACAAUACUUCCAUUAAAGAUGAAUACAGUCGCAGUAGUUUUGAUGAAGCUGGUAGUGAUGAUGGCAUUUCCAGUGCCAUUACCGGCAGUGUACAUCAUGAGCAGGAAACGGGUGAUUUUGUUUUAACAUUGAAAUAUAAAAGUCGGCAACAGCUACUGCAGGCUAUAAGCGCCAUGUACGGCGAUGCAAUUAGCAUGGAAUUACGCAAAACUUGUGUUAAUGCUAAAAGAACACGUGAUAGUGAUUGUUUAAGAAAAUUAUAUCAUACUGCUUAUAAUAUAAAAACCCGCAACAAACCUCCAUCUAUUUCAACGGAAUGAUUUUAUUUGAUUGCAUUCAUUUGUAUUCUAUUCCAUUUUAAUAUUUUCUGUUGUUCUCUAAAAUUUCUAUUGUCUCCAGAUAAUAGUGUAAAAUAUUAUAGUUUAACUUUUAGUUAUAUAUCUAAAGUAUAUCAAUAAUUUUAUACGAGAGAUCAAAAUCUUCAAAACUUGCUGAAAUAUUUAUAAUACGAGUAUUUCCGUCUAAGCUUUAACAAACUAAACUACAUAUUAAUUAAAUAAUUAAUUAAAUUUUGUUGUUAUAACAGAAAGGCUUUAAAUGUUAAUUUUCUUUUGAUUUGUGAUUUUUGUGUUUUUGUUUAAAUUAAAUUGAUUUGUACUGUAUACAGAGUGUCUUUUAAUAAGAAUUCAUUGUUUGUGCCUUUUCUAGUUAUGUUUCUUAUGUUUCAUGUUUCUUAAUAAGAAUUUACUUAUUGCAGUCAUGAUUUAUUUUUUUUUUAUUUUAAUUCCAAAUAUAUAAUUCUUAAUAUGUACCAUGUACCAAAAUUAUAAUUAAUAUCAGUACAAGUAAUAUAAAUGAAAACUUAUAUUCAUAUUUUUUGAAAAUAAAAAAAUAAGAUUUUAUAAAAUCAAAUGAAAUGAAAACAA